AUGGGGCCCAACUUCACAGCUUGCGGUAUCCGCUACAUGUCUGACCCCAGUCUGAUCUCACAGUACAACUACAGUGGCCGCGUCCGCCUCAUCGCCGCGAACCAGACCACACAGAUUACUUACAAGGGGUGCGUAGCACUUUGCGGGAAAGGCAAUGAACACUUUACAUGGCCGGUGAUCUCCGCAACAUUGACGACAUGGAUAUUACCAAUCUUGGGCACAUUGCUACAGGCACCUUUCGAGAGCAACGCUUUCUGGAGGACAGUGAAGGCAUGCAACAGAUGGAUUGGAAGCCCACUUAGUAGUCUUGCGGCAAUACUGUGGGAUAUAAGGAUCAGUGGGAAAUGUGCGCUUUUUGUGGACAUGGCAGUUCCCUACAACGAUACUCCAGACCAGUACAGCGAGUUCGCAAGCAUGCGCGACUCAUUUUACAUCCUGAUGAACCUGAAUCAGUACAAGAUGAAGCCAGUCAUCUCGAUGACUCGGGAAGCGGAAGGUCUACUGCGCAUCGCACUCUUUAGUAAAGAACUCAAGCUUAUAGGCACACACAAGACGCUUAGCCAGAAGCGACUGAAGCUAGCCCACGACCUACGGAGCAACAGACGUAAAGGCGUUGUGCCAAUCUUUCUUUCCACGUUGUGGUUCAUACUUGCCUUAGGGAUCUCAGUUGAAGCAGCUUUUGGUGAUCUCGGCAGUAACCUCCAAGCACACAACCUCGCAAUGGGCCUUUUCGUGUCUUGGCUACCGAUCCUCAUUCUCUGCUCUAUCCUUGACCGCAACCCAGUUGCAUCAGACGACAUCCAACGCAAGCUCAACAAGCUGGUCGACUUGGUGUGCGCCUCAAUUAACGACACCGACACCAGACAUGCGUAUAUAGCAUCCUUCCAGGACCUGCCUCAAUCGCAGCAGAUGGCAUAUUGGGUUGAGAAGAUAGCUACUAAGGCUGAUUAUAUCAAGGGUAACUACUUUCGUGGUUUUGCUGGUCAAGCUCGAACCAGGUUCCAUUACGGUGCUGCUUAUGCUAUCCUCAUCGAUAUCGAGAAAGCGUACAUCGCUGAACGGGGAAGGAACUGGCUUAGUGACGCACGAGAAGCAAGAGCCGCACUAGUUCUGGGUCAACUUGAUCAUGGUUUCACUUGGUUCGAUGGUCGCCAGCUGUGGACCGUACUUGCUUCCAUCCUUCUUGUGGGCGGUACCAGCGUCGGCGCAUUCGUCCUAUCCUUCAACACACCUACAGUUGGUUUGGGCUGUCGCACAGGUGGCUACCUCAUCUUCUUUGUUAUUGCGCUCAACGUGGUGCUUCAUAUCGCCUCACUGCCGAUCCGUAUAGUACCAUCGAAGCACAGAGUGCAAAGACGAGAAGCAACAAAAGCUGCGAUCCGUACGUACUUUUUGACUCUGCGAGGUUUGACCACUCGCAACUGGCUUCAACGUGCUUUUUUCACACCUUUGGAAUUUGCGAAUCUGGUCUGGGCAUGUUAUCUUCUUACCGCGCAGACAAUCGGUGCAUUUAACAAUUGUGCUUGCAUGACCUCAACUUGGGGCGGAUUUGGCGGUUAUUUGGACUUCACGCAGAUCAACGUAGCCAACAGUGCGGCUGUGAAGGAGUACUGGAUUAUUGGUACAAUAACUACCUACGUGGUGAUGGGCCUGGGUAUGGGUUACAUUGUUCUCGAGUGGCUCUUGCAAGCACACCUCAGCACCGAAGAUUACAGCGACGCCAUGAAUGGGCUUCGACGCGUCAGGGGAUUCCGCCAUGCAACACUCUGGAUCAAGUAUCCACUUGAUUUUUUCGUCCAGCUCUUCACCAACACGCUAAACGCAUUCCAAGUUCGCGGAAUCCGAGAUCGUCGGAGGAUCAUAUGGACGAGAGCCAUGACCUUCAGACCGAGUGUUGGGCAAGCAAUGGUACGACUUGCAACCGAUGCGCAGCAUUUACCUUUCCAGGAAGCCCGCUCGCAAGAAUCCGCAGUCAGCGAUGGGGUUGCAUGAAGACGUCGUGAAGUGCCCAUUCACAGCUCAGAGUUGGCUCAGUGAAGCAGCGGAAGCAUCACCUACC